AUGCACCAAUUCAAGACCAUAGUUGGGAUUAUUGAAGACAUUCUGGGUACUGUUAGAAUCAGUUAUAACAUGAUAGAGGAGAUGUAUCUGACAAUUACAAACUGGGAUAAUCAAUCCAUUGCCUAUGAGUUCCUCUUCCAGACAUUCUCCACUGAUCCUGAGAUACAAUAUCUCAUCUUCACAUUCUUUCUUUUGCUCUAUCUCAUAAUUCUUUUUGGUAAUAUCUCUAUCCUUUGGAUUAUCUAUACUCUCCGUUCCUUGCACACCCCAAUGUAUUUCUUCCUGGCCAGCCUAUCUUUUCUGGAAAUUUGUUAUACCACUGUAGUAGUACCUCAAAUGCUUGCUAGCAUUUCUGAUUUCCACAGAACAAUCCCAUUGGUGAACUGUGCCAUCCAGAUGUUCUUCUUUACAUCCCUAGGCAGCACUGACUGUUUUAUGUUGGCUGUCAUGGCGUAUGAUCGCUACGUAGCCAUCUGCCACCCACUUCGCUACACCCUCAUCAUGACCUGGCAGGUAUGCAUGUGGCUAGUGAUUGGCUCCCUGAUCCUUGCCAUAGUGCUAUGUCUGCAGCUAACCGUCUUGAUUUUCAACUUGCCUUUUUGCGGUUACCAACCCAAGAUCAAUCAUUUCCUAUGUGACGUACCACCUGUGCUACAGCUGGCAUGUGCUGAUACGCAAAUUCACCAAACUGUGCUCUACGGUGUUGGCAUCGUGGUUUUAACAAUUCCCUUUCUUCUGAUAUGCAUCUCAUAUGUCUAUAUUGUGGCUGCCAUUCUCCGCAUUAAGUCCACAUCUGGGCGGCACCAGGCCUUCUCCACGUGCUCCUCCCACCUGACAGUUGUGAUCCUACAGUACGGAGUUUGCAGCCUUGUGUAUCUACGUCCCAAGUCCAGCACUUCAGAAGAUGAGGAUAGGAAAUUAGCUCUUAUAUAUACCUUUGUCACUCCCCUCCUGAACCCCUUGAUAUACACCCUUAGGAACAAAGAUAUCAAGCAGGCUUUAAGGAAGGUCUUGAAGAAAAUGGUUACAUCUCAGACUUGA